CCCUAUGGAUGCCCCCGUGCAGAUUUUCCGGGAGGAGCCGGACUCCACCUGCUCCCCGGGGCCCUGUCGUCCCCCCAGCACCAGCAGCAGCUGGAUCCUGGGCUGGGCGGACUACGACAGCAACGCCACCGGGGCCUUCACGGACGCCCAGCACAACCACACCAGCAUCUCCCCCGCCAUCCCCAUCAUCAUCACUGCUGUCUACUCGGUGGUCUUCGUUGUCGGCUUGGUGGGAAACUCUCUGGUCAUGUUUGUCAUCAUAAGGUACACAAAGAUGAAGACAGCAACCAACAUCUAUAUUUUCAAUCUGGCUAUGGCAGAUGCGUUAGUUACCACGACUAUGCCUUUCCAAAGCACUGAGUACCUGAUGAACUCUUGGCCCUUUGGUGAUGUGCUGUGUAAAAUAGUUAUUUCGAUUGACUAUUAUAACAUGUUUACCAGCAUAUUCACACUGACCAUGAUGAGCGUUGAUCGAUACAUUGCAGUGUGUCACCCUGUGAAGGCUCUGGACUUCCGUACACCUCUCAAGGCGAAGAUCAUCAACAUCUGUAUCUGGCUGUUGUCCUCAUCUGUUGGUAUAUCUGCGAUAGUUCUUGGAGGUACCAAAGUCAGGGAAGAUACUGCUAGUACUGAAUGCUCCUUGCAAUUCCCAGACAGAGAUUACGUGUGGUGGGACAUCUUCAUGAAAAUCUGUGUCUUUGUCUUUGCAUUCGUUAUUCCAGUUCUCAUUAUAAUUGUUUGCUAUACUCUGAUGAUCCUGCGCCUUAAAAGCGUACGGCUUCUCUCAGGGUCUCGAGAAAAAGAUCGAAACCUACGCCGCAUCACCAGGUUGGUUCUUGUGGUCGUGGCAGUUUUCAUUAUCUGUUGGACUCCUAUUCACAUUUUUGUGCUGGUUGAAGCGUUAGGGGAUGUGUCGCACAGUACUGCUGCUAUAUCCAGCUAUUACUUCUGUAUCGCUUUGGGUUACACCAACAGCAGCCUCAAUCCAAUCCUUUACGCUUUUUUGGAUGAAAACUUCAAGAGAUGUUUCAAGGACUUCUGCUUCCCCUUUAAGAUGAGGAUGGACAGGCAGAGCACCAGCAGAGUCAGAAACACUGUGCAAGACCCAGCUUAUAUGAGGGAAGCAGAUGGGACAAACAAACCUGUAUGACUAGUCGUGGAAAUGUCAUCUUACUGUCCUCAAGAGAGAGAAGAGUCCAAUGACCUAGGACUGACGCAGAUUACCACUGCAGUUUGAACUAGACUCACCCAGACAGAUGUUUCUGGAAUACUUCAGAAAUCCUAGCAGUUUGAACUAAAGCAAUUUUAUUAUCGACAAACAAGAACCUCCUGAAAAUAAGCUCAAAUGAAAAGG